AUGGCUCCGUCAAAGCGGGAAAAGCGCGUAAAGCCCUGGACAACCGACUACGAUACUCGACGACGGCACGCUCUCUUCCGCAAUCCACCAGCAGAUAAGACCGCCUAUCCCUCCCUAGCCGAAGCGAUACAGCCCCAUGUUGAGUCCUUCAACGGGCUGUUCGCGCAGCAUGGACAGCUAUACCACGCGCUCAGGGACAUCGGUACAAAGACCUUCCUCGAUGGCAAUCCUGCUGCGCCGGGAGACGCUGAGUCCGAGCCUAGGAACCGCAACAGACUACAGAUACGGAUGAAGGAGAUCUUCUUGGAAAAGUGUACUUUGCCACCCUCCAACAAGCUUGAGUCUAAGAAGAGAGACAUCCUACCGGUCGAGUGCAGGGAAAGACAUGCUACAUACCGAGGUCGCUUUCGGGGUCGCAUGGAGUAUAGGGUCAAUGAUGGAGAAUGGAAGGAGACAGUGCGAGAGUUCGGCUACCUGCCACUCAUGCUGCGAUCAAAUCGAUGCCAUCUGGAAGGACUGUCACCCAAAGAGCUUGUGAACCGAAGGGAGGAGAGUGAGGAGCUUGGCGGCUACUUCAUCGUCAAUGGCAUUGAGAAGCUCAUCCGAAUGCUUAUCGUCAAUCGCCGAAAUUUCCCGGCCGCUAUCAUUCGAGGGUCGUUCGUCAAUCGAGGAGCUGCUUACACGAAGUACGGCAUACAAAUCCGAUCUGUACGGCCUGAUCAGACGUCGCAAACGAACGUGUUGCAUUACCUGAACGAUGGCAGUGUUAUGUUUCGAUUUUCGUGGCGGAAGGCGGAAUACCUGGUGCCCGUAAUGAUGGUCAUGAAAGCACUUGUCGAGACCAACGACCGCGAGAUCUACGAGAGCGUUGUGGGACCAGCUGGCAGUAAAGGGCUCGAGGACAAGCAGUUCGUCACAGACCGCGUGGAGCUACUUUUGCGAUCAUACAAAGCAUAUGCUUUGCACAGCCGGCUGGAUACGCGGACCUUCCUUGGAUCGAAGUUCAGGGUGGUGUUGGGUGUGCCAGAGGAUAUGAGCGAUGAGGAUGCGGGUACGGAGUUUCUGCGGAAGAUUGUACUGCCUCACCUGGGCAGUUACGAUAUCACGGAUGCGCACAAUGCAGACAAAUUCCGGAUGCUGGUCUUCAUGAUCCGGAAACUGUACGCACUGGUCGAGGGCGAGUGCGCGACGGACAAUCCGGAUGCUGUGCAAAGUCAGGAGAUCUUGCUGCCAGGCUUCCUAUACGGCAUGAUUAUCAAAGAGCGGAUUGAUGAGUGGAUGAACGCCGUUGGCCUCAGUCUGCGAGAAUGGAGCAGAAACAAUCAGUGGCCUAGCUUCACCAGCCGAGAGUUUGACCGCGAUUUCCUGGGCAAGGUGGUACGCAAGACAAACGAGAAUAUCGGGCAAGCACUCGACUACUUCCUUGCCACAGGCAACCUUGUGAGCCCGACUGGCCUGGAUUUGCAGCAGGUGUCUGGCUAUACCGUGGUGGCAGAGAAGAUCAACUUCUACCGGUUCAUCAGUCACUUCCGAAUGGUACAUCGAGGUAGCUUCUUCGCACAGCUGAAGACCACCACCGUACGAAAGCUGCUACCGGAGAGCUGGGGCUUCCUCUGCCCUGUACACACGCCUGACGGAGCCCCGUGUGGGCUGCUCAACCAUCUUGCACACAAGUGCAAGAUUGCGACGGUGCCUGCAGAUGUUUCGAAACUGCCGCAUCUGCUGUCCCAACUUGGCGUUGUCAGUACGUCUGCUGCAACCCUGGAUGACAGCGUAGUUGUGCAGCUAGACGGUCGAAUACUCGGCUUCUGCCCCCCGAAACAGGCGAAAACCAUUGCAGACACCUUGCGAUAUUGGAAGGUAGAGGGUUCCCACGAUGUGCCUCUAGAGCUCGAGGUUGGGUAUAUCCCAACAUCGAACGCUGGACAGUACCCGGGUAUCUACAUGUUUUCAGCGCCUGCGCGACUCCUCCGACCGGCCAAGUAUCUGCCUCUCGAUAAGAUGGACUUUGUUGGCUCAUUCGAGCAGCCGUUCAUGUCCAUUGCGUGUACUGAGCCGGAGAUCGCCUCUGGUGACUCUACACAUGUCGAGUACGAUCCUACGAACAUCCUCUCGAUUGUUGCGAAUCAGACACCGUUCUCGGACUUCAAUCAGUCGCCUAGAAACAUGUAUCAAUGUCAGAUGGGCAAGCAGACCAUGGGUACACCUGGAACUGCACUGAAAUAUCGAACGGACAACAAGACCUACAGGUUGCAGACGGGUCAAAGUCCAGUCGUCAGACCGCCUCUACACAACGAAUACGGCCUCGACAACUUCCCAAGUGGCACGAACGCAGUUGUGGCUGUCAUCUCGUACACUGGAUACGACAUGGACGAUGCUAUGAUACUGAACAAAUCGGCACACGAGCGAGGUUUCGGCCAUGGCACAGUAUACAAGGCGAAGAAGAUUGAUCUCGCGGAGGAGAACAAGAACUCGCGAGGCCGCAGCGCAGCCAUCACACAUCGAUUUGGCUUUGCACCUGAUGGCUUGCAAAAGGCUGCUUGGAAGACCACGCUGGACGAAGAUGGCUUUGCUGCAAUCGGGGUCAAAGUCAAGCAGGGGGACAUCGUCGCCGCAUCGCACACGGUUACUCCGGACGGAGCUGGAGGCUACGUCAACAGGGAUGGUAUUACCCAUCUCCACCGCUACAAAGAGCCAGAAGAUGCAUUCGUCGAAGAAAUCAAGAUCAUAGGUACUGAGACCGGCGGCACCGAUCCUUGUCAGGCGAUAUCGAUUCGCUUCAGGAUCCCACGAAGUCCAGUCAUUGGUGACAAAUUCUCCUCGCGACAUGGACAAAAGGGUGUACUCUCACAGAAAUGGCCAGCGACGGACAUGCCCUUCACAGAGAGCGGCAUGCAGCCAGAUGUCAUAAUAAACCCUCACGCCUUCCCGUCACGAAUGACCAUCGGGAUGUUCGUCGAGUCUCUCGCUGGGAAGUCCGGUGCCCUCCACGGAUUGGCACAGGACUCAACACCGUUCAAGUUCAAGGACAAGGCUGGUGAGACCGCGGUAGAGUACUUCGGCCACCAGCUGAAGCGCUCUGGCUACAACUACUUCGGCAACGAGCCCAUGUACUCUGGUAUCACGGGUGAGGAGCUGGCUGCAGACAUCUACGUCGGCGUCGUAUACUACCAACGUCUCCGUCACAUGGUCAACGACAAAUUCCAGGUGCGGACCACUGGACCCGUGACGCCGCUCACUGGACAGCCGAUCAAAGGCCGAGCGAAAGGUGGCGGUAUUCGAGUGGGAGAGAUGGAGCGGGAUUCGCUCCUCGCGCACGGCACUGCCUUCCUGCUACAAGACCGACUGAUGAACUGUAGCGAUUACACGAAAGCGUGGAUCUGCAAGGCUUGCGGGAGCUUCUUGUCGACGCAACCGAGCGCGGGCGUAAGUGCUGGGUCCAGGCAGUUUGGUAGUGAUGCUGGGAGGGUGCGGUGUCGAAGGUGCAGCAAGAGAGCCGGUCCACUGGAUCCGAAGAGCGAGUGCUGGGAGGACAGGCAGGGAGAACGAUGGCACGGUGGUGAUAACGUUACCCAGGUGGCUGUGCCGGGUGUUUUGAAGUAUCUGGAUGUUGAGUUGGCUGCGAUGGGGGUGAGGAUGAAGUUUAGUGUUGACCCUUGA